UGCAGCUGGGAGAGUUUCAGUGGACUAUAAGCUCCCCACAGCCUUUCAAAAAGUGAAUUCUUUAUUGCGAUUUUUUUUUUUACUUUACGCACUCCAAAACAAAAAGAAUCCACCUGUGGACUUCUUUUUUUGUUUUACUCUGGAGGGCUGCUUUCACCAUGAGCGCCGGACAGACGUAUGAAAAGAAGAUUGCGAGUAUUUUGACCGAUCUGCCAGGAUCUAUGAGUUGCCACCCAACCUCCAAGGACUCUCCUACUCUCCCUGAGUCAUCCGUGACGGACAUGGGCUACUACAGCGGACAGACGGGCCCGAGCCAUCACGAAUAUUAUCAGAGUCAAGCGUACGGACAGCCCAUGAACUCUUACCACCAUCAGUUUAAUCUGAACGGAAUGGGAGCGACUGGAGCGUACGCGACCAAAUCUGAAUACCCCUACACGAAUAGCUACAGACAGUUUGGACAUUACAACAGAGAUCACCUGCAGGCCUCGCCUCCGAGCUCAGUGAAAGAAGAGCCAGAGCCCGAAGUCCGCAUGGUGAAUGGGAAACCGAAAAAGAUCCGCAAGCCGAGGACGAUCUACUCCAGCUACCAGCUCGCUGCUCUGCAGAGACGCUUCCAGAAAGCGCAAUACCUCGCUCUGCCCGAGAGAGCGGAGCUUGCUGCUCAGCUUGGCCUCACUCAGACACAGGUCAAGAUCUGGUUCCAGAACCGGAGAUCCAAGUUCAAGAAACUGUACAAAAACGGCGAGGUUCCCCUGGAGCACAGUCCCAACGCCAGCGACUCAAUGGCCUGCAACUCCCCGCCCUCCCCCGCAGUGUGGGAGAACAGCACCCCUCAGAACACCCCGAUCAGCAGACCUCAGGUCCCGCAGCAGACGCACAGCUCGUCGCCGCCCUACCUGGAGGAUUAUAACAACCACUGGUACCAGCAGGGAUCACACCUACAGCACCCGGGCACCGUGCACCACCCAGUCCCGCAGCAAAGCGUGGGAGCUGUUUAUUAACAAUGACUCAAGAGCAGAUUUCUCUCCUCAAACGAGGUCUGUCCACAAUGACUCUGCAGAGCAAAGGUUGACUGGACCGGGAACAGGCCUCAAGUGAAACUUUUUUUUUUUUUUUUUUUUUGGAUGAUCAAGAAAUGUUUCAGAACUGGGGUUUCCAUACAGCACAUAAGGGAUUUCUGAUCACUUGUGGCAGCAUAUUUAACGGACAUCUGGCGUGGUUUUUUAAAUUAUUUAUCGCUUCUGUUAUAUUUCUGUCACACAUGUUGUAAAUGAAUAUGCAAAGUCUUUUUUUAAACAACUAUUCUAACCACAAACCGAAUAUUGACAAAACUGUGCAGCUGAUCCAUGCUGCAUUCCAAUCAUGCAUGUGGGUUUGUAGAGAGUGCGUCAGAUAAAGAACUCAGGUCAUAUUUAUAUGGAUUUGUACAAAACGUCGAAGGCUGUAAAUAUGUGUUUAUAUGCAGAACCACUAUGAUAUUUGUUUGAACGACUGCACUGUGGUGCUUCCAAAAAACCCAUUCUCAUAUUCAUGUAAUUAGUCCACUUGUUGCCUUCUUGUCAAUUGAAUAAAGGUGUUAAUUGCA